AUGGCGGCGGCGCCGUCGCCGGGAGCGGAGCGGGAGCCGGGCCUGGAGGCAGAGCAGGCGCCGCCGCCGCCGCCGGCAACUGGCCCGGCCCCGCUGACCCUGACAGCGCUGCCGGGGGAGCUGCUGGAGCUCAUCGCCUGCUGCGGGACGCUGAGCGCCACCGACGUGGGCCGCCUGGCCUGCACCUGCCGCCGCCUCCGGGAGGCCUGCCAGCCCCGCGGGAAGGUCUGGCGGGAGCAGUUCCGACUCAGGUGGCCAUCACUAAUGAAAUACUACAACCAGACAGAGAGCGUCAAUUGGCUGGAAGAAUAUAAAGAACGGCACAAAGCUGGCUUGGAAGCCAGAAGAAUAGUAGCGUCGUUUUCCAAAAGGUUCUUUUCGGAACAUGUUCCUUGCGACGGCUUCAGUGACAUUGAGAGUCUGGAGUGCCCAAGUCACUUCUUUGAGGAUGAACUGAUGUCCAUCCUUAAUAUGGAAGGAAGGAAAGGCCUGACAUGGAAGUACUAUGCAAAGAAAAUUCUCUACUUCCUGCGGCAACAGAAUAUUUUAAAGAAACUGAAGGCAUAUCUUCAGCGCCCAGCUGAUGAACAGUCGUUCUUGGAAGGUGCUGUAUUAAUCGAUCAGUACUGUAACCCUUUGUCAGACAUUUGCCUUGGGACUGUUCAGGCCCAGAUCGAUGACAUUGCUGCUAAAGUUCGUAAAUUUCUGAAGUCCAAACACCCCCGGCAUCCCAGCGUGACCUCAAAAGCAGGAGAAGUCUCUCAGGUAGUCUCUGAGGUGGAGCUUCAGAGGCAAGUGCUAGAUGCCAUGAACUACGUCCUGUAUGAACAGUUGAAAUACAAAGGGAACGAGGUGGAUUACUACAAUUCUCUGAAUUCAUACAUUCGCCAGGUUUUGAUCAAUCGGACUGGAAUCCCAAUCAGCUUGUCUGUCCUUUAUUUGACAAUUGCCAAGCAGUUGGGAGUCAGGUUGGAGCCUGUCAACUUUCCCAGUCACUUUUUGCUCAGAUGGUGCCAAGGGACAGAAGGAAGCACGAACAUCUUCGACUACACUUACAUUGACGCUUUCGGAAAGGGCAAGCAGCUAAACGUGAAGGAAUGCGAGUACCUGAUUGGACACCACGUGACAGGGGAGUUCUAUGGCGUGGCAACAGCAAAGGAAGUUUUGCAGCGAAUGGUGGGCAACUUGCUGAACAUUGGGAAACGGGAAAGCACUGAUCAGUCCUACCAGCUCUUGAGAGACUCAUUGGAUCUUUACCUGGCCAUGUAUCCAGACAACGUGCAGCAUCUAAUGCUCCAAGCAAGACUGUACUUCCAUCUGGGAAUCUGGCCAGAAAAGGUUCUGGACAUUCUGCAGCAUAUUCAAGCCUUGGACCCUUCCCAGCACGGGGCAGUGGGCUAUUUGGUCCAGCAUACUUUGGAACACAUUGAGCGUCGCAAAGAGGAAUCGGGGCCUGACGUGAAGCUCCACUCCGACGAGAAGCAUAAAGAUGUCUGCUAUUCCGUUGGCCUGGUUAUGAAGCACAAGAGAUAUGGCUAUAACUGCGUGAUCUACGGCUGGGACCCAGCCUGCAUGAUGGGUCACGAGUGGAUUCGAAACAUGAACGUCCACAGCUUGCCACACGGUCCCCAUCAACCUUUCUACAAUGUGCUGGUGGAGGAUGGAUCUUGCCGAUAUGCUGCACAAGAGAACCUGGAACAUAACGCAGAGCCUGGCGAAAUCCCUCACCCAGACAUCGGUCGGUACUUUAUGGAGUUUGCAGGCACACACUAUGAGGCAAAUGCGGAAUUGGAGAUCCGAUAUCCUGAGGAUCUGGAGCUUACACGCGCAACUGUCCAAAAGAUACACAGCGAGAAUAAGGAAUGAGCUUUUAAUCUUUUUGUGAGGGCAGGCGAUCCCUUCGCAAAGCAGCCACGAGAACAGCACUGCGGGAGACGGGUUUCCGUAGCUGUUGUCUGGCCUAAUCAGGAAUUGCACUUUGCUGGAGGUGAAGCAUCUCUUCUGAAACCACUCGGUUGCAUCACACCAACGCAAACGAAAGAAUGUGGGCCGCAUGAAUGGCCUGGAAAGGAUGCCCCUUGCCUGAAAUUAUUGCCAUACAAAAAAAUCUCACUGCUUUCCUCAAGUCUGACUCUUUUUCUAGACUUUUGGGAUAUAGGCCAGAGACUGAAAAUGCCCACCCUUGGUCACAUUUGUGCUAGUUUAAUGAUCUGGGGUUUGCACACAGUAGUGAUGGUCCAAGGUCCUUUUGAAAUAACACCUCACUCCACUUCUUUGAUCAUUCUUGUAGCCAGCAGUCCAGUGCCAAAGUCUUGGGAAUGAUGCCGGAACUUUCUUGCCCAAAGAACUUGAAGAAACCUGUCAAGUCGAAGUCUUCUGCUGCAUCAGACGAACAGCUUAAUUUGCAUCUGGACAGGAAGUUCAUGGGGAACAGGAAGUUGUAUCUAGCUUCCUCUUAUUGGGUUUUGAGACUGAAUUUUGUGUUCUGAUUGCCAGCAAGGCAUACUGAUGAUGUCAUGUUUGUGAUCCUGUUGCGCUUUUUAAACCCUUCUCUCCAUUUUCUCUUUGCUUUGUAUCUCUUAGGCCCCUUCCGCACAUGCAGAAUAAUGCACUUUCAAUCCACUUUCAAUGCACUUUGCAGCUUUUUACUGUGCGGAAUAGCAAAAUCCACUUACAAACAAUUGUGAAAGUGGAUUGAAAGUGCAUUAUUCUGCAUGUGCGGAAGGGGCCUUAGGUUGGUUUCUCAGAAAUUCCAUGGUAAAAGUCAAACCAAGCAUUCCCCUCUUCUGUCUACCAUUGUCAACUCAAAAGAGCAAUGUUUUCUAGUGUGACACUAACAAUGUAAUCCUCAGUAGAGUUAUACCCUUCGAAACUUGUUGUGGUCUUGGAAGGAUAUAACUGUUUAGGAUUGCACUCUAAUGGCCCAAUCCAGAUGCGGAGGCACCUCUGCUUGCAGAGGUGGCAUGGGACUGUGCCAACACGGUGGGCCCCCACCGGUGCAAGGGACAUCCGCGUUGAUGGAGGGGGCAAAGGCGCCAGUGGGUGGCUGCUCCUUAGCUCCACAGCAGCAAAAGUCAGACGUCCAGGCCGCUGCGGAGCUACACUGGCAUGAGGGAGCAGUCUGGGGCAUUCCUGGGGGUGGAGCUGACAUUAGUUAGCUUCCGCCCCAGGUUUGUGGCUGCUUGUGCCACAGCUCCGGUCCUGGACUUAAUGGAUGGCAUAACUCCAUUAAGUCCUAUGGAGGGCUUUCUGGCUGUGGGGUUUCUCUCUCUCUCCCUCUCUCUCUCUCUCUCUCUCUCUCUCUCUCUCUCUCUCUCUUUCUCUCUCUUUCUUACUCUCGCUCUCUCCCUCUCCUCUCUCUCUCUUUCUUACUCCCCGCUCCACCGGAAAGCUCUCUGGAGGUGGUGCGGCAGCAGUGCUAUCCCUGGCAGCCUAGGGCUCUGGAUUGGGCUGCCCAUGGCAGGCUUGCUUUUUAAAACGGAAGUCCUACUUUUUGGCUCAUUCCGCACAUGCAGAAUAAUGCGCUUUCAAACUGCUUUCAGUGCUCUUUGAAGCUGUGCGGAAUGGCAAAAUCCACUUGCAAACAGUUGUGAAAGUGGUUUGAAAACACAUUAUUUUGCAUGCGCGGAAGGGGCCUUUGUCUCUUCCAAACAUAAACCUUGUGCAGAAGGAAAUGUUAAUGUCUAAGGCUUGCUAUAUUAGGGACAGUUCAAUACAUCUGGGUCAUGUGACCAAAAUAUUAUUGGAAUGGGAUCUGGACAUGCAGGAAGGAAAUGACUGCCACUCUCCUUCUAUGUUCUGUUAGGCAUUUUAAACAUAUAAUGCAAAAGCAUGGAAGAGUAAUUUCUAAAUUGGCCUCUGUAAGUAGGCAGCCAGCAGCUUUUGCAGGAUUAUUUUUCUCCUUUUUUAUUUCUUAAAAAGAGGGGAAAAACAAAAAAAAUUAAAGAUACAAUAAAGAGAAACAUACAAAAACAGUAGUGAUGGAUCUAUGCAUAAAUUUCUAUAAAUAGUUUCCAGAUAUCUAAAAAUAAGUCCAUACUCAAUUGUCUUCUAUAUGCCAUUAGUUUAAAUAUGGAUAGAAUUCUAAGAUGCUCAAUCUAUUGAUUUACCACUGGGUUAUCUGCUUGAUUCCACUAUAGGUAGAAAUUCUUAUUAUCACAUUGUGAAAAAUGAAAUGAUAAAAAUGAAGUUUAAUUUUGAACAGCACUGUUAGUAGCAGUGAAACCAGCUUUUUAAAGAUUGAUUUGUAUGCCGUAUUUCCAUUAUAUUUAACAAGCACUUUUCCUUGGAACCUUCUCUGUAUCUUCUGGCUGAUGUGCAGCAGAUGGCAUAGAGGGGUAUAUUCAGGCAUCCCGUUUCUCCUGUCUUCAGGUCAUUCUGCCUGCCCACCAAAUGCAGGAGUGCCUCCUGGUACAGUGAUUAUGUUUGAGUCACAGCAGUUUGGUCUGCCGUCAUUUUUUUCUGCUGAAAACAACAACUGCUGAAAUUUACAUCCGUUUUACAUAUCUGAACAUGUGAGCCUUGCUCAGAACUGCCCUGAGAGAGGCAAUGGAAGGAGAGAUGACGAUGAAAAUAGAAGGCAGGAGAGCAUCAUCUUACAUGUGCACCAUGAUUUUACACGUAUCUACUCAGAAGCAAGUCCUACUGUGGUCAGUGGAGCUUACUCUCUUGUAAAUGUGCAAAGAAUUCCAGUCUCACUCUGAAUGUCAGAGACCUCCACUGGAGACCCUAUGCAAUUUGCACAACAGGUAUUUAGAAUCUGAACCUCCUACCUUUUAAAGGUAAGAACUUCUAGCAAUACUCAUAGCCUGGCCUUGCCCUCUCUGUCAGGAGGGAUGCUGCUACCUGAGGACAUGAGGGGACUGUCUGUCUGCCCAAAUGUCAGCUUUUACAGCUACAAAUGGAGCAGAAUGAGAUAAUAAACUACUGAGCUGGUGGGCUGGGCUACAUCACUUGUGCCAUUAGGCGGGGGAAUGCCAUAAUCAAAAGUUCACGGGGUUUUUUUAAAAAAAGGUCCCUGCAAGCAGUAAGCUGAUGUAGUGGUGUAGAUGGUUAAGAGCAGCAGUGGCGUAGGAGGUUAAGAGCUUGUGUAUCUAAUCUGGAGGAACCGGGUUUGAUUCCCAACUCUGCCGCCUGAGCUGUGGAGGCUUAUCUGGGGAAUUCAGAUUAGCCUGU